AGAUUUACACAGAGUCAGAAAUACUGAGCUUGCAUGAACAAAGAUUGUAUGCUAGACAACAUUUGUGUUAUGUAGAUUUUACUGUCAUGCCUUUCUACACAAUUCAGAUAGAAAUGAGUGACCUUCACUUUUCCUUCUGUCUCCAGGCACCAACUGGAUGAUUGGGAUUCUGUGUCUCAUUCUCAGCAAGGGGGAUCCGGAGUGGAUCUGCUCUGUGCCCAUCUGGGAAAUAUCCCCGUGGAUCGAGACUGAACAUGGACCCGAAAUAAUAAGAAACAUGAAGGAGGGCCCCCGCCUGCUCUCCUCCCACCUGCCCAUCCAACUCUUCCCCAAGUCUUUCUUCACUUCCAAGGCCAAGGUGAUCUAUGUCCUCAGGAAUCCAAAGGAUGCCCUUGUGUCCGGAUAUUAUUUUUAUAGUCAAUCAAAGUUCAUGAAGAAUGCAGAGUCCCUGCAGCAGUUUUAUGAAUGGUUCAUCCAAGGCAAUGUGCCAUAUGGGUCUUGGUUUGCACACGUCCUGGGCUGGAUGUCUAUGCAAGAGAGCAAGAACGUGCUGGUGCUCAGUUAUGAGGCCCUCAAAAAGGACACAGGGAGCACUGUGGAGAAGAUCUGCCAGUUCCUCGGGAAGAAGCUGGAGCCUGAAGACCUGGACUUGGUCCUGGAGAACAUCUCCUUCCAGGCCAUGAAGGAAAACACGAUGUCCAAUUACAGCCUGCUGGGGGAGGAUUCCAUUCCUGCUGGCGUCUUAUUGACCAGGAGAGGCAUCACAGGGGACUGGAAGAACCACUUCACCAUAGCCAAGGCAGAAGCCUUUCAGAAAACAUUCCAGGAGAAGAUGGCGGGACUUCCUGCAAAGCUCCUCCCAUGGGACUAAGUCCACACUUAUCCCUGUAUCUGUGGAGAUGAAGAUUUGUAACCCCUUGGGGUCAGGGCAUAGGUCUUUCAUUGAUUCUGGUGGUUAGAAUUUUCAUGUGCAUUUGAUACCUUGUCUGAUAAAAAUCACUAUGGCACCAUUUUUCCAUUUCUAACAUCCCAGGUAUUAACAAAUCUUACAAAGCCAGGCACCGAUGAGUCACGCCUUUUAUUCAAGCUACUUAUGAGGUUGAGAAAUGAGGAUCCAGACUAGAAGCCAACCAGUCAGGAAAGUAUUUGAGACUGUUAUCUCCAAUGAAUCAGCAAAAAAGCUCUGGGCAGGGCUAAGUGGUACAGCAGUAGCA